AUGGGUGACCGCUCACGAAGCCGGUCUCGUAGUCGGUCCCCCCGCCGACGCGAGGAUGGUGAUCGGAAUCGACCGAAAAAGACAGGUGGUUUCCGGUGGAAGGAAAAGAAGCGCGACGAGAAUGCCCGCCCCGACGAGCGCGGACUAGAUCGUGGAUACAGAGAACGACGUCGGUCACGCUCCCCCCGUCGAGAUCGUGACAGCGACCGCUACGGAGACCGAUACAGAGACGGUGGUCGGGAACAAGACCCGGAGCGCGGACGACGCGACGAUCGGGAUACGCCGCGAGACGACGAGAAAAAGAAAGAAAAGAAGGACAAGAAGAAGAAGCCGGUUGCACCGCAGUCUUCUGAGCCCAUGAUCGUCGUCCAUGUGAAUGAUCGUCUGGGUACCAAAGCUGCAAUUCCCUGCCUAGCCUCGGAUCCCAUCAAGCUCUUCAAAGCCCAAGUGGCCGCUCGAAUUGGCCGAGAGCCCCACGAGAUCCUCCUUAAGCGCCAAGGUGAACGUCCCUUCAAGGAUCAAUUAACCCUCGAGGACUACGGUGUGAGCAACGGAGUACAACUUGACCUGGAGGUUGGCACUGGCGAUUAG